AUUUAAUUAUGUGGCCUGAUAAAAAUAAAAAAUUGAUGAAAUUGAAAUUUUUUAAUAGCGUUCACACAACGAAAAAUUAAUUAUUUUUGUAUGUUUAAUGUAUUCGUGCAAAUUUCGAUACACUUUUAUACGUUUCAAUGGAAGCCACGUUUCGAUGGAAUUGUUGAAGAGUAAGAGGAAAAUAGGGAAUGUCUAUUUUUGAUUGGUGGCUGAAAGUGAUGAAGAGUAUAUUUAUAUUUCAAAAAUUGAAGAAAGAAAAAAGGUAUCAGAUUCCGAGAUACAUCAUCGUUUUAAAAAAUUUCUUUUCUUCAAAUCAAUUUUUACUUGAUCUUCGAAAAGACCGGAGUUAAAAUCGAAAUUUUGAUUUUCUCGAUAAAUUUGCUCGAAAUAUUUCCCGCUCAUUCCUUUUAUCCACGCAAAUUAUGUAAAAUCCGCUUUUACUUUCAGCGUUGUUAUUCUGUUUUCAUCGGUUGACGUGCUUACAACGCGAGCGUUUUCAUCUGAAUUUUCACUCGACUCGCUUUCGUGAACAUGCUAAUGCACGUGGUAACACUUAAUUUUGUUUUUAACCACGACGAUAACGAGCGUGACAUUAACCAUAAUCUUCUCUGGAUACAAUAUCUUGCAGUCAGAAGAUUAAUUCGACCGAAGAAACGUUCUAAAUGGCGAAUGAUCGCCAACAGUUUCUUGCAAUGCAUAUGUAUUAUCAUUAUAUUCGUAUCUCUGCUUUGUAAUAUCGAUAUCGUGUACGAUAUUAUGAUUGAAAUUUAAUUUUAACCUUGAUUUUCCUCUCAAAGGAAAACUUUCGUCUUAACGUUAAAAUAACAAAUUAUUAACGUGACGUAUCUUAUUCAUCUUCUGACAAACACAUCCUUUUACAUCAUAUUUUUUAUAGCAAAUUUAAAAAAAAAGAUGCACAGAAUGGACAAAACAUGUAAAACUGUAUACUUGUUGAUAACGAAGCAACCUCUUAUUAUUAGACUUUUUAACAAUCAUAAUCGACUUUGUAAUAAAUUUUUACAAUUUUAUGAGCUUCGUAUAAAAUUACGUAUAUGAACAAGAAAAAUCAUAAAGUAAGAAACGAAACACAUUUUAAGUUUUCGUUUAUUAAUAGAAAUAUUAUUAGCGAUAAAACGUUCGAUUGUUAAAUUAUUUCGAGCUCGCGCAAGAGCGAUCGAAGGAAAGAAUCUCGAGUCCAAUUAAUUCAAGUACACAUGUCCACGCGAUAGAUGUGUGUACGAUAAACGUGGUUAGGACCCUGAGAGGAGCCAACCGCGCGUAUUUUUGGUAAUGGCACGUGUGAGGCAUAGGUGAGUACAUAAUCGGUUAGGUCUCGGCAACGUUUCACACUGACCGCAAAAUAUUCGAUAUAUAACUUAACAAAUUUUAUUAUCGAAAUUCCUUUGAAUCGUCGUUUGAUUACGAUUUGAACUAUUAGAUCCUCGUGUCAAUUUAAAUGUUUUUUAAAUAAAAUAAACACAGACAGAAAGGAAACGAUGAAAUAUAUAUAUACAUAUAUGGUCUCCUAUAUGAUUCAACGUUUUCGUUCGAGCGUAUUUUUAACUCGAACAAAUAAUUGCUCGAUUCGUCGAAAGAAAGGGAAUAAAGGCGAUUCGUGUAUUCGAGAAUGAUUCUCGUGCGAAGAAUUGGCACGAGAAUCGAACUUUUAAUGAUCCGUUCGAGGGAAAGCGUCCAAAUGAUGCCGUUCGAAUCCUUCGAACGUAAAUACAUCAUCGAUAAAUUCGUCUCGAUUCCGAAACAAAACGAAUUUCCGAACGAUUCUGUCAAUCCAAAGAUAAUGCUCAUCCGUAAACAUUUCGAAAAUCUCCACUCUGGCCACUCGAUUUUUGCUAUCUCGAGAAUUCUUUAUUCUCACUUUAUCAAUCGUUCGCGCCUCGACGCAAAAAUCCAUUUCUCCUUUUCUCUUGGAAAUUUGCGCAUCGAUAUUGCCAAUACCACCGGCCUCGAUUCGAAUCAUUGUCUUCUCGAAGGUUGCUCGGAUGAAACUCGCCCGCGUGGCGCUUAUAAAGCGGGUCAACUUUACAUUGUAUUUAAGACGAAACACACCGUGGUGACGUUUAACGUUGGUGCAAGGUUUUGUGGCGCCGUGGCAGGUUCGAGUUCGAGCAUUGACAGUGAGAUUUCUAACGAGGCGGUAUAUCGGGGAAUACGAUCACCAGUCAGAAAACAGAUACAAACAUGAGGUGUUAGUCGAUGGCGAGCCCAUCCUCUUCGAAAUUUUGGACACCUGCCCGAAG